AUGCAAGCAACUUUACUUCAAUGUAUAAAAAGGUCAGCGGUUGUUCGUAAUAGAGUUGUUAUUUCUCGACAAUUUUCAUCACUGGUCUCAACAAUCAGGCCAUUUCAAGUUUCAAAACGUUAUAACUCAACAAAAGCACAGGAGAAUGGUGCAGCUGCUGAGAAAGGGGAAGCUGAAAAAGUAGAAGCUGAAAAGGGUGAAGCUGAACAGAAAAGUCAAGGUAAAGAGCAAAAAAUUGAUGCUGAUGAUGCUGUUGGAGCUGCUGCAGAGACAGAAAAGGAACCAGCUAUUAUUGCCGAAUUGAGGGAGAAACUAGAAAAGAAAGAUAAAGAUUUGGCGGCAAUGAGAAACCACUACACACAGGCCAAAGCCGAUUUCCGUCAUUUGCAAGAAACUACCAAAAUCGAAAAACAAAAGGCAAAGGACUUUGCCUUGCAAAAGUUUGCCAAGGAGUUGUUGGAAUCACUAGACAAUUUCGAUUUGGCUUUGGGCCACGUAAAGGCAGAAACUUUGAAAUCAAACGAGGAGGUCAAAAACUUAUACGAUGGAGUUGAUAUGACUAGAAACAUUUUUGAAAAGACUUUAGCCAAAUUCGGAGUCUCAAAGAUUGAACCUUUGGAUCAACCAUUUGACCCUAAUUUACACGAAGCAACUUUCGAAGUUUCCCACCCGGACAAAGUACCAGGAACCGUUUUUUUUGUUCAACAAAAUGGAUACACUUUAAAUGACAGGGUCUUGAGACCAGCAAAGGUUGGUGUUGUCAAAGUUGAAGAGUAA